AUCACGCACAUAUAUGAAAAUGCCUGAAAAAUCUGAUAAUAUGGAAUGGUGGCUCGCCUCAGGUCCGAGCUGCAUAUGUGGCGCCUUUUUUUCUAGAGCUUUCGACGAAGCCUUCGAUCCAGAAACAUGCAAGAUUGCAAGCCAUAUCAUCCCUGGUAUUCCCUUUUACCAUGAACUAGACUGGUUAUUAAAUUCAAGAUAUCUAUCCGGCGAUUUUAUCUUCUUUGGGCUUGUUAAUACUGACUACUGAUAAUAAAACAGUUUCAUCCCGUGGUACAAUCCAUGGUCAAGCUGUGCUCUUACGUGCAGGCUGCGUUCUGAAAUUUGGCCGGGUAAUGUGCCUAUCGUCGGAUCUCGAAUCUCGAUUUACUGUCAGUUGCCAGGUGUUGACACCUAUUUGUGAAUUUUUCACCACCACCCGUAGCUCUCCCCACGACUAGCAAUCCCAAUUAACUAUAUAUACAAAAUGGAAUACCCAGCACCAGCCCCUCGCGCGCCAGCCAGACGCUUCAUCAAGAAGCCAGACCUUAAGGUCAGAGACGAGAAGCUCGCAGCGUUGAACGAGCAAUUGAAGGCGCAGGAUACGGCGGUCAAGGAGUUGGAAGCGCAGAUGAAGAAGAUCGGCGCCGCGCCGGCGGUGCACGACCAGAAGAACGCAUUGAUCGCGCAGUUGAAGGAGUUGAGAACCAAGCAGCAGUCCGUCAAGGAGUCCCGUAACGCCAUCAACGAUCAGAUCAAAUCUGUGGAUGGCGCCCUCAAGGCGAAGCUCAAGACUAUCACCGCUCAGACCUCUAAGAGCAACUACAAGUCUGUCGAGGAUAUCGAAAAGAGAAUCGCGGCGAUCGACGAGGAGAUCGGCAGAGGCUCCCUUUCUUUGGUGCAAGAGAAGAUGAACGUCAAGGAAAUGACGUCAUUGAGAAAGAUGAAGCGCGACUUUGCGGGAAUUGCGGAGCAGCAGAACGCGAUUGACGCAGACAAGGCUAAAAUCGCGGAAUUGAAGGCGCAGUUGGCCGAAUUCCAGGCCCGUGAGAUCAAUGCCAAGUACGACGCCUUGCAGAAGGAGUUGGAUGAAUGUAAGGUCGUCACCUCCUCCGCCUCUGACAAGAGACAGGCGUUGUACGAGAAGAAACAAGCUUUGUACAAGGCCAAGGAUGCGAUCUACAACGAGAUUCGUGCCGUCAGAAAGGAAUUUGACGAGGAGUUCCAAAAGUUCAAGACGUUGUUUGCCGAGGAAAAGAAGCGCAGAGACGAGGAGUCCAAGUUGCAGAGAUUGGAGGAAGCCUUUGCUGAGAAGAAGGAGAACGCUGAGGCUGCUGUCGCUGCUGCCUCUGUCCCAGCUUUUGCCGCUGAAAUCGACAGCAUCCACUCCUUGUUGACGUUCUUCGACCCAACCUACGUCAAGCCGGUUGAGGCGUUUUUGCCUGUCUCCACCUUCACCCAGACCACCAAUGUGAGAACCGUUGAGGCCCCAGUGGAUGUCCAGGUCAUAAAGAAGGAGGAAAUUGUGUUCUUUGCCGGUAAUGGCGGCAAGAAGAACAAGAAGAAGGCGGUCAAGUCAACCUCCUUCCAAUUGGGCCCAGACAUCAUCACCAAGUUGAGCGAGUUUUCCAUCUCGUUGCCAACCAGCAAGGAGCAGGUUCCGGAGACCUUGGAGGCGUUGGCCAAGAAGUUGGUGGCUUACCAGGCGAAACAGGAGGAGGCAACCGUCGCUAACCUUGAGAAGGCCAAGGCUCACCUUGAGAAGGUUGAGGCCGAGUACAAGGUGGAAGAGGAGAAGAUCAAGGCUGAGAUCAAGGCGAAGGCCGAGGCGAAGGCCGAAGCUUCUUCCGAAGGCGAAUCCCAGGCUGAAGUCGAAGCCUAA